AUGGAGACUUCUGAAAAUAUGAGUCUGCCUGGCAAAAUAAAACUUUUCCCUAAUGAAGAUAAUCAAGACAAAAACAUUUGCCAGUUAUUUGACCAAGACAUUUUUAAAACUGAGAAAGAAUAUCAAGAAGUAGAAGAAAAACUAGCUUUAAUUGAAUUAAGAGAAAAAUUAGAAAAAGGUGUUGGAGAAGCAGAAAGUUAUCUUAUAGAGAAGAAAAUAAGACCUACUCCUCAACUAGUGAUUACACUAAGGCAGUUAGGGAUUACUCAAAAGAGAUUAGCCUACCAAGUUUUUCAUGUGAGUGAAAGAACUAUUAGGAAUUUAGAGUAUAGAGCCAAAAAUCCUAAAAAAGAAUAUAAAAAAAGAGGAAGACCACUAAAAAUCACAGGUUAUAACUUAUCUCUUUUAAAAACUUUUAUUAAUCCAAAGGAUAAAAGGAAUGAAAUCACUAAAACUCAGCAAGAAGCAGUUGAGGAAUAUCGCAAAAUAGGUCUAGACUUAAAUCAAUCAACUAUUUCUCGGACUUUAACUAGAGAAAAACAAACUGGUAAAGUAGGAACUAAGGAAUAUUAUGAGUUAAAUAUAGAAAAGGUCAAGCAAUUUGUGCUUGAUAAUUACUGGCUUUAUUCUUACUCAAAUUGUUUUUCUUUAGAUGAGUUUGGUUUCUAUGCUAAUGAAGUUCAUCGUUUUGUUUAUUCUCGAAAGGGCUGUCGAGCCAAAAAAAUCCAAGUAGGAGAAAAAGGGACUCGCUUUACUGUUAUUCUUUGUGUUCAAAAUAUAGCAGAACAAGGAAAAUUUAAAGUUGGUUAUAAGACAAUUAAGAAUAUUAGAAAAAAGGAGAAAAGAAACAAAUCUAAAAUUUUGUCGAAGAUUAAAAAUAACAAAGAUAAGGAAAAGGAGAAAAAAGGAACUACAGCAGUAGAUUUACACGAUUUUAUUGAAAGAAUUAAUUUUCCUGAUGACAGUUAUAUCUUGCUAGAUAAUGCUAAAAUUCAUCAUGCUGUUAAAUCUCUUAUAAAGGAAAAUAGACUUCCUAUUAAAGAUUUAGCAGUUAAAAAGGGGAUUAUUCUCAAAUAUUUACCUGCUCGUGCUCCAAUGAUACAACCAGCCGAGCUUUUUAUCAAUGCUGUUAAAUACUUUAUUAAGAAGAAACUAAAAGAGUUUAUUGGAAAAAAACAACUUCCGACUGAUGAGGAAGUAGAAAAUAUUAUUAAACAAGCUAUAGAAGAUUUAGAAAAGAGAGAUUUAACCAAAACUUUUCUUCAUUGUCGAGAUAAAUUAAAUGUAAAACCUAAUUAUAAAAGCGGAAAAUAA